AAGCCCUUGACAGCAACUAGGGUACAAUAUCCGGGCACCUCAAAUCAACCGUUCAUUCCCCUGCCCGGAAUUCGAUUCCUUCCCAUUUACCCCCAUUCCCCUGCCCGUAAAUCUUGGGCAGCCUCUGCCAAACAACAGGCUUCCAUCAACUGACACUGUAUAUCAUCAACCUAUCCAUACACAUUAUCGUGUAUCUAUAUCUAUAUAUAUAAUACACACACGCUAUAUUCAUUAUUCACAUUGUUUUCUAUCUCUCUCUCUAUAUAUGAACAUUGAAGAAACAGUCUCGAAUCGUACACUAUCUGUGAAAAAUUGAAGAAAUAUGUGGAGAAGAACGUUGGCUCGAUCUGUAACGGUGCGGCGGUUUUCAAUCGCGGCGUCGACGUCAUCGAUUCCGAGUCCGUGUAUUGUUCAUAAGCGUGGAGCUGAUAUUCUUCAUGAUCCUUGGUUUAAUAAGGAUACUGGGUUUCCUAUGACAGAAAGAGACCGUCUAGGGCUUCGUGGUCUCCUUCCACCCCGUGUCAUAUCAUUCGAACAACAAUAUGAGCGAUUUAUGGAUUCGUAUCGAUCGUUGGAAAAGAAUACAGCAGGCCAACCAGAAAAUAAUGUAGCCUUGGCUAAAUGGAGAAUCUUGAAUAGACUACAUGACAGGAAUGAGACAUUAUACUACAAAGUACUGAUUGACAACAUUAAAGAUUUUGCUCCAAUAAUUUACACUCCUACAGUAGGUUUGGUAUGCCAAAACUAUUCAGGAUUGUUUAGACGCCCACGUGGAAUGUAUUUCAGUGCAAAAGAUAAAGGAGAGAUGAUGUCAAUAAUCUAUAACUGGCCAGCUCCUGAGGUAGACAUGGUAGUGCUUACGGAUGGAAGUCGUAUUCUGGGCUUAGGUGAUCUUGGAGUUCAGGGAAUUGGCAUUCCUAUUGGGAAACUCGAUAUGUAUGUUGCUGCUGCUGGUAUUAAUCCACAAAGGGUCCUUCCUAUUAUGCUUGAUGUUGGCACCAACAAUGAAAAGCUUCUAGAAGAUCGUCUCUAUUUAGGACUAAGAGAACGAAGGUUAGAAGGAGAAGAAUACAUCUCAAUAGUUGAUGAAUUGAUGGAAGCUCUUCAUACACGUUGGCCAAAAGCUGUUAUCCAGUUUGAAGAUUUUCAAUUCAAGUGGGCUUUUGAAACACUUCAAAGGUACAGGAAGAAGUAUUGCAUGUUCAAUGAUGACAUACAGGGAACCGCUGGCGUUGCAUUAGCUGGACUACUUGGAGUUGUUAGAGCACAAGGCCGGCCGUUAUUAGAUUUUGUAAACCAAAAGAUUGUUGUUGUUGGAGCUGGAAGUGCAGGGCUUGGUGUUCUUAAUAUGGCCUAUCAGGCUGUUUCAAGAAUGACAGGAACAACAGCAAAUCCUCAGUUUUACUUAAUUGAUAAAAAUGGUUUGAUUACAACAGAGAGAAGCGGUGUUGACCCGUCAGCUGCACCAUUUGCAAAAGCCAUUGGUGAAGUUCAAAGGAUAGGACUCCAAGAAGGAUCUGAUCUCCUUGAAGUGGUAAAAAAGGUCAAGCCUCAUGUCCUUCUAGGUUUAUCAGGGGUUGGAGGUAUUUUCAAUGAACAGGUGCUUAAAGCUAUGCGAGACUCGGACUCCCCUAAACCUGCUAUUUUUGCCAUGUCAAAUCCCACAGAUAAUGCUGAAUGCACUGCUGCUGAUGCUUUCAAACAUGCUGGUGACAACAUAGUUUUCGGGAGCGGGAGCCCUUUCCAGAAUGUCGAUCUCGAAAAUGGGAAGAUUGGCUAUGUAAAUCAAGCAAAUAAUAUGUAUCUGUUUCCCGGUAUUGGUUUGGGAACUCUGCUUUCUGGUGCUCGUAUCGUAUCUGACGGAAUGCUGCAAGCAGCAUCUGAAUGUCUUGCGUCGUAUAUGACAGAAGAGGAGAUCCAGAAGGGUAAAUUCUAUCCAUCUAUUGGCAGUAUUCGAAAUAUUACUGCUGAAGUAGGAGCUGCUGUGCUUCGGACUGCAGUCAUUGAAGAAGUAGCCGAAGGACGUGGUGAUGUGGGACCCAAAGAGCUCACAAACAUGUCAAAGGAAGAAACUGUGGAAUAUGUAACGAGCAACAUGUGGUAUCCUGUUUACAGUCCCCUUGUUCACGAGAAAUAAAGUGGCCCGCAUGAGGCUGUGCAGAAUGCAGAUAGUAAAAACUGAUUGCGUCAUAAGAGGGCCUGUUAGCGGCUAAAAUAUGUGGCUAGGGAGAACUCAACUUGUUUGUUGUUGAGGUUCUGUAGAUCAAUUAACCGAAACCAAUUUUGAUAUUUGAGUUUGACCAUCAUUUGUGGUCGUCCAUGUAGAAUGUUACCUUAUUAUAUUUCAUUAUAAUAUAAUUUAUAAAUUGGGUUUUGGUUUUU